CGAGACCCAGGGCGAUCGAGGCUCGUUAGCUAACUUCUCCGACCGUCCUGGUCCAAAUCUUCAAAUAUAUAUCAACGAUACUGGGCUCGGGGGAUCAGCCUCAUAGUUCGUCUCCCUCCCUCGACUUCCUGUACAGCUCGUCUUUCCUUUGACACUCUGACAGCUUGCAAUCCUGCUGUCCCAUAUCAGGAUUCGCCAACCUUUUAAACCAUGGCCUCGGUCGAGUCUUCUUCGUCGCCUACGAUCGGCGAGUCUAAAGAUGUCGUCGACAUUGAAAAGCAGGCGAAUAUCACUUCUUCGGACGACAGCGAGGUUCGCCACGGAAGCGUGACUCCAGCCUACGAAAUUGCUCGGGCCCGAGAGAUCCAGAAUUCCAUCACGCCUCUUCGCUGGCUAAGCAAAGGAGAGUUAUGGCUGGAUGAAAAGAUGGGCGUCGAGACGCAAGGUAUCGACCGCAUCCCCGAGGAUCAGAAAAAGCCGCCUUCUAUUCUCAAUGCCUUUUUCAUGUGGUGGUCUAUGACCUGUCAUGUCGGGACCAUCCCCAUCGGUGUCCUGGGUCCUGAAAUGGGUCUGACUCUCGGUCAAUCCGUCGCCGCCAUCGUCGUCGGAACCUUCUUGGGCGCACUUUGCCCGUCCUAUACUGGUACACUCGGGCCCAAGACGGGUCUUCGACAGAUUGCCACCUCUCGAUACUCGUUCGGCUUCUGGGGCGCCAAGCUCUGCAGUGUCCUCAACGUCAUUGUUGGUGCCGGAUUUGCUGUGGUCAAUGUGGUCAUCACGGGACAAAUGCUGUCUGCGGUGAGCGACUACAGCAUGACCGUGGCGGUUGGUUGCGUUAUCGUGGCCGUCAUCUCAUACGUCGUCUCGGUGUUUGGAUUCUCAAUCAUUCAUACUUUUGAAAAGUACAGCUGGAUCGUAUGUUUCAUCCUAGUCUGUGUGCUGUACGGGCAAGCCGCACCACACGUUGUGCCUUCGGCACCGGGUUUCGGAACGAACCUUGAGGUGGCAGGCUCCUGGCUGAGCUUCAUGGCCAUCUGUUUCUCGAGUGCAUCUGGUUGGUGUUCGAUUGCUGCCGACUAUUACUGCAACUAUCCGGCCAAGACGAAGAGCUGGAAGAUCUUUGGCCUUACCCUAGCGGGUCUGACCAUACCUACCACCUUUAUCACCGUCGCCGGUGCCUGUAUCGGCAAUGCUGCCUUGUUGGCCGCUUACCCUCCAUACGCAGACGCAUAUGAGAAUCACAGCCUUGGUGGUCUUCUUCGCGAAGUCUACCAUCCUCUGGGAUGGAGCAAAUUCUGUCUGGUGCUCCUGACAUUCAGUGUGCUCGGCAACAACAUCGCGAUCAAUUACUCCUCGGGUCUAUCCAUGCAGCUUCUCGGCCACUACUUCCAUGCCAUUCCCAGAUUCAUCUGGUCGUUCUUGGUUGCCUUGGUCGUUGCCAUCCUCGCUAUUGCUGGUAAAGACCAUCUCUCGACCAUUGUCUCCGACUUUGUAUCCUUGCUGGGAUAUUGGACCAUCUCUUUUACGCUCAUCCUUCUGCUCGAAGAUCAAUUGUUCCGCAAGCGAUCGGGUGAAGGUUACAACUUGGAGGUGUGGGACCAGCCAUCAAAACUGCCCCUGGGUAUCUCUGCGACCCUGGCAUUGCUGUCUGGCUAUCUAGCAGGUGGUGUCACUGGUAUGGCUCAAGUUUGGUAUGUCGGUCCUAUUGCUCGUUAUUUCGGCACGUAUGGUGGCGACGUCGGUAUUUAUUUGUCCGGUGCCAUUACGCUCGUCGUGUAUACCCCAUGUAGAUGGUAUGAGAGAAAGAAGACUGGCCGGUAGUCUCGGGACACAGAAAAUAUCUUACAUGGGUGUUUUGCUAUUUUCGACCACUUGAACAUCAAGAUACAUGUCUAAUUUCAAACGUUUUGUUUCCGUGUGCAGCUCAUGGUAGUUUAGAGGACUCUGUGAAAAUGGAACAAAAGUUU